UCUUUAAAUCCAUGCACACCAUCUCCAUAAACAUUCGAAUGAAACGGAUUGCAAUAGAGUAACCUACCAAAUCUAAUAAAAUAUAGACCACUUCAACGUAAAACCACAUAUAAACCAGACACCAAACCGUAUUGAACAAACGAUCAAAACAUAAAACAGAAAAGAGAGAGAGACCCCAACAGCAACAGACGAGAUCUCUCAACCCAAGUCUUACCGGGCCAAAUAAACGAUCGUCCGUCUGGAAUCCCAAAGAGAAGACGAUGAAAGUUGAUCGAGCUACUGCUGCUGGCUAUCUGGUUGGCUGCCGGUACGUACUCAGUCGGUCGGUUAGUGUCUUCAGUUGUUCAUAAGUUGACCAGGUGAACGUUCCAAAGCGGCGGUCGGUGAGAGUAAAGCUCCAUUGAGAAUUAUUUUGAGACUACCAACGGUAAGGAAUUUCGGUUGAAUGAAAUACGAAAUCAGCUAUCACAGUGACUCCGAGAAGAUGGGAAGCCGUGCGCAGUCUGUUAUCUGUGACAAGGUGCUGGCUGGAUUGCCACAGCUGUUGGAUGAUUUGCAGAAACUAUCGGAGGAUCAAGAUACAGCGGAUGUGGUGUUCAUUCUUGGGACUGGCGAGGAAAGGAUCUUUGCUCAUCGGAUCAUUUUGAUGGCAAGGUGCAAAUCCUUCCAAACCCAAAAACGUGGCGAGAUAUGUCGAAUACCGGGAUGCUCGGUUCUUCCCUAUGCCCCUGGAACACCCACACCGAUCCGACUGCCACACAUCGAACCGGACAUCUUUCGUCAGUUCAUUCUCUACGUGUACACCGCGAAGAUUAUGCUACAGGACUCCAAAGUCUUCGAAAUGAUGACCUUAGCACAGGAUCUGGGCGUCGACGAGCUCAAGAUCGCCUGCGAAGAACACGUGAAGACCACCAUGUCGGUUGCCAAUGCAUGUACAUUCCUCGCUGCCGUCAUGGAAAUCCAGGAGAAAGCUUCAGGUGCAAAGUUUGCCCCGCCGUUCCUGGAGAAAUGCAUCACCUACAUCGCCGAGAACGCAUCGGAAUGUGUGAAGACCAAUGCGUUCCUAAAUUUGACCAAGGAGGGCCUGAUCCAAGUCAUUUCCUAUGAUAAUCUUGGUCUGGAGGAAGAAGACGUGUGGCGCUGUGUCCUAUCAUGGGCCAAAAAUCAAGCCGGAGUGACCCAACCUACGGCUCACUGGACCGAAGAGGAACGUCAACGUGUCUGCCAACAGUUAGCCCCAGUUAUUUCCCACGUCCGCCUUUUCCUAAUCGACAGUCAGGUGUUUGCCGAAGAGGUUGAACCCACCGGCGCCGUACCGAUCGAACUCUCUCUGGAACGAUAUCGCCGUGCUGCUCUGCAUUCCAACAAACUUCCUCCAUCGGCAGUGCCUAUCCCGGCGGGGCCAUUGGCCGAGAAUGACAAACGUCUGCAGCCGAGGUUGAUGUUGAACUUGUUCCACGGAUCGACGAUUCUCAAAAACGACAAAAUUCACAUGCAAGGAACACUCAACGGAUUCUACGGAGCUGCGAAACAAACUUGGCGCUUGGUUUAUCGUGCUUCGACCAAUGGGUUCUCUGCUGCAUCGUUUCACCGGCACUGCGAUGGAGUCGCGCCGUUGUUCAUCAUCGCUAUGGGAACUCAAGGAGCCAUCAGCGGAGGUUUCACGGAUGUGGCAUUUGCCAAAACGAAUCGCAAAGGUGGUUACAUUCACUCCGAGAAGGCGUUUUUGUUUGCCUUGAACUACAACAACGAUCCACCGAUGAAGUUCGACAUCGUUAAGAAACCCUACGCCAUCUGCUACCAUCCGGACUGUGGACCAAUUUUCGGUGCGGGAGCUGAUCUGCUGAUCUCGAACAAUUGCAACGUGAACAUGGAGUCGUAUUCUAACUUUCCUCACUCGUACGAUGGACCGAAUGCCGUCUUCGGAAACCUGUUCGGUGAGUACAAUUUUUCGAUUGCCGACUACGAGGUGUUUACAUUGGCACCCUCGGCAGCACCGUCCGGGAUGAAAAUGAAACAUGAUCGAUAUCCUUGAAAUGACGAUGACUGAUUGCAAUGCUGUUACAGGUAAGUUAAUUAGUUUUGUCUAAGAAGUGUAGUUAAAUAAUACGCUUGAUGGAAUUUCAGAAUAGCAUUUUUAUAGGGUUUAAGUACUCAUAAUGGCAAUAGAAUAAUUUGCUCAAACUUAUAACGUAAUAACGCUGUACAGUUACUUGGAAAGAACUACAUCCCUUACCAUUUUCGAAAAGCAUGAUGGUCUGUUUUUUGCAAGCAAGAGGUUGUUCCUCAGGUAAUGUGGGUUUCGAAGUUACCUUACGCGGUACGUCCGUUAGGGAUGACUUCGAGAAGCGGGGGACCAUACAUGAGUACUCUCUAUUGGUAAGCCUUCCAUCAGCUACCGCCCUGACUUGUCCUUUCGCCC